GUCUAGUGUCUCAUCAGAGAUCCCCGACAAGUAACUCGUAAGUUACUGAUAUUUAUACUAUUUAUGAACCUACUCUUCGUCUUCUUCAUAGUAACCUUAUACUUACUCUUAAUUAAGGUUAGUGUGGCGGUAUGGAUGUGGAUCAUAAUUUAUUCCUAGUACUGCGGCACAGGUUCUCACAACCAAUAUAACAUAUAAACUAUUAAUGAAUAAACUCAUUCCUAGAACUCAUCAACAUUCAAAAUAUCAGUAUGUCAACUCCUAAGCUAAGUAGUCAGACUUCUCAGAAGUUGAUGAAUCUCCUAUACGGAGCCAUUUCUCAGGAAGUAGCGGUUCCGAUGUUACCAUUAAUAACCAAACAUCUAUAUGAUAAUGCCAAUACUUCAACUUCAUCUUCAACCAAACUGUAUAUGGAUACAUUAAUAGAAAAUGACUGGGGUUUCAAACCUAUGCAUUUGGCAGUCAAAGAUUUACCUCUUCGAUCUAAUGCACAUAUUCAGUCCAAUAUUCUUAAAUUUGAUAGUAUAAAUUCUUAUAUUACCAAAACUGAUUUUCAACAUAUAUAUCCUAAAUUUCGGGAAAGAAUAUAUUCAACUCCAUAUCAUCGAGAAGAUGUACUUCCAUUUGAAGUAUUGAAAUCAAGAAAUCCAUUAACUUUACAAUUUCAAAAUAGUUAUUAUUUAAUCUUUCUAAAUUAUAUUCAAGCUUGUACUUAUUAUAAUGAAGUUAGAGGUAAAUCUAUUAAUGGGUCUAUACUAGAUAACUUUAAAUUCGUAGAUCCUAAUGAAAAUGAAUUAAAAAAUUUAAUUUCGCCAUAUUACGAGAAUACAUCGGUAGAUCUAAGUUUAAUAACUAAAGAUGGAUCUAAUCUACCAAUAUCAACAAUAUUUCAACUGAAUAAUGAGGAGGUUCUUAGUAAGAUUAAUGGUUUGAUCACCAUUAAGUCUAAUUCAACGGCCAAUGAAUGGACUAAUGAUGAUGAAACUAUUCCUCAUGCUAAUUAUAAACUUCUCAUGGAUUUACUUAAUGCUGAUAUAAGAUCUUCAAUGGUAUUAGUACGAAACUUACCCUUUGGAUUAUCUCAACAUACAUUACCAAGAUUACUAUGGAAUUAUUCAUUGGUAGAUAAAUAUCCCAUUGUAUCUAUUGUAAAGAAUCCAAAGAAACAAUUAAGUUUGACUUUAAUAAAGUUUAAAAAUGGUGAAAGUGCUCAAAGAUUUUAUCGUAAUUUUCAUGGUAGAAAGUGGGAUAAGUUUCAACAUAACAGUCCUGAAAAGCAGCUUUACGAACCUAUACUUUGUGAAAUCAUUAAUUAAAUAAUUACAUACCUACUUAAUUAAUGGUUUUAACAUUAUGUACAUA